CAGGAGAUUUGUGGGGGUCUAUUUCGCAGCCGGCAGGGGCCGAGCAGCCUUUAGUCUAGCAUGAGACAGCCAAGGGUGAGCACCCGAGUUUUCACACACUAAAGGUGCGAAGGGGAGAACGCACUCCGGGGAUAACACCAACCGAGACAGCGGGAGAGCGACAACCACCACCAUGCACCAGACCAGUUACACGCACGAGGUGCGCAAGGAGAAGUAUGAGCGCUCCGAUGUCUUCGAGGAGCCCUACGGCCCUGACGCGUCGGCGGGCGCCUCGGCCAUCCAGGGCUGGGAGAGCCUGCAGGAACUCAACAGCCGUUUCGCCCGCUACAUCAACCGGGCACGCGUGCUGGAGCAGCGCAAUGCCGUGUUCCGGAAGCAGCUAGAGACGCUGCAGCGGAUGGAGGAGGCUAGCGGGCUCGAGGAGGCCUUUACGGAACAGAUCGGUCUGAAUCAGCAGCGCAUCCGCGAGCUCUCCGCUGACCGUGCCAAGCUUGAGCGAGAGCUGAAGGACUCAUGCCGCAUGCUGGACGAAUUCACCAACAAAUACAGAAAUGAAUGUGAGUAUCAAGAACAGCUGCGGGGUACACUGGAACAACUCAACAAGGUAUGUGUGUGAGUCCUAUGACAAUUUCACCUGUUUAAUUUAAUUUUGCAGAUCCAGUCCGCAGUUCCCUUCAGGACGACCCUCAACUCCACCAAAGACAGAAACAGGAAGAACCUGGCAGAGAUCCAGACCUACGUGAACAUCCUGCACCAGAUCAACCAGACAAUAUCCCUGGUGCCCAACGUGGCCGUGGGCAUCUCUGAGGAAAAGCAGCUGGCCCAGAGGAGAGUUCCAGCCCUGCAAAGCCAGCUGGAGGAGUACAAGAGCGCCCUCUGCCAGCUCCAGGCACAGAAGCUGCAUCUGCAGACCGAGACCUCAGUGUUGGAGAAUUCCAUCAAGAGCACCCAGGAGAGCUAUGACGAUGAGAUCCAGCUGUACAACGAGCAAAUUGAGUCUCUGAGGAAGGACAUUGAGGAGGCCGAGAGGUCCCUGGAGAAAUACACCAACGAGUGCCGCCACCUGGCCAUGUACCAGAUCUCCCUGGAGAAUGAGCUGGAGAGGUACAAGAGGAUCAUUGAGAAUGAGGACAACAGGUUGAAUUCAGCGAUAAUUGGGACUCCCAUUACCUUGUUCACCACCAAUUACCGCUUUACCCACACACCCACCGUGUCGAGCAGGGGCAGAGACAUCACCCAAGCCAUCCAGGACAUCAGCAGUGUCAAGCCUCGCCAGAAGAACCUGGCCAAGAAGGUCAUGAAGAAGGAGAUCAGUCCCAAAGACGUGAUGGACAGUGGCCAGGACGAAAGAGUCGGUGGAGCUGAACACAUGGAGGAUGAGAAGCGAGGGAUGGAGGAGGAGGAGGAUGAGGUGAAUAGGGAGAAGCAGAGUUCGCUGUACACUGGUGUGUCCCCCCAGGACGUCCCAGACGGAGCUCAGAUCAGCAAGGCCUUCGACACGCUCUGUAACAUCGUCAGAGACCGCAUGAGGAAGUACAAGAAGCCAGAGCCAAUUGCUGACUUCUAUACUAAGGGGCGCUAUGUGUUGGUGACGGGUGACGGCAGCUACCCCCACCCCCAUUUCUACACCUCCAGCCCCUCCGCUGGACACGUCUUUGUCACGAUCUGCGACGGCAUGGUCUCCCCUUAUGACCCCUUCAGCCCAUACACCCCCUCCCCUGACCCCCCUCAUCCACAGCCCAUGCCACCCCCUUGCCCCUGUAUUCCCACCCCACCUUCCGACGGAGAGGGUGGCAAGGGUGACGAUAAGGGCGGAAAAGGUGGUGGGAAGGGGAAAUCAAGGGACGUAGAUCCUACUCCCCCCCCACAGCCCAACCCUGCCCCAGCUCCAGGCCCUGACCCCAAAGACCCCAAAUGCCCCAGCAAUCCCUCCGGACCCAAGGGGGGUAAAGAUGACAGUCGCCGUAGGGGCCUUCCUCCCAUGCCCUCCCCCCGUGGCGCUAGCAGCAUGCCCUCUGACUCCAUGAGCUACGAGAAGGUGGAGAUGGUGGAGUCAGUGGAAAGGUUCUCCAACAACCGCAAGACCAAGGGCUAUGAGGAGACGGCCAUGGUGGUGGAGACCAUGAUUGAGAAGACCAGCAAGAAGAAGCACUGAGUCUGAGGAGAUUGACCUCGAACAAAAGAGCUGGACAGACUCCUCACAAGUUCCACCUCACCUUAUGCCAGCAAGAACAAACAAUGAGACCAAUAUGAGACUCUGCUAAAGACAUUCUAAAAACACUGUUCAACCGUGGAUGAGACCAACUGCUAUGAGCCGGUCCUCACAUAGGAAACUGCUAAAGACUCCUUCCACAUUCAUGAUACUGCUCCUCCGUUUAAAAAGCUCUCUGGCUUUGUGUUCAGCAAGAGUUAGCUGGUUCCAUAAUGCUGCUGUUGUUGUUUCUACCUACGCCAAUACCUUAUGCCUUUACUGUCUGAAAACUCAAAGUACCAGCAUCGAAACAACAGAACAAGCCCUCUCGCCCCCCCCCCAAAAAAAAUAAAGUGAAUAAAAACAUGA